AUGUUAUGCGCAACUUGCAGUACUAUAUUUUCCGGGGAUCGGCCUCCUCUAAUCUCUACCCCCUCGUCAAAUAUAGAUGACAUCAUCCGUCCUCUUCAUUCUGAUAUCUCAAUUCUUUGUGAUGGCGCGAUAAAUGGUUGCCAAUUGUGUGAUAUCAUCUGGAGACAUUUUUUCAGGGAUAAAUCGCCGGAGGAGUAUAGACAGUAUCCGUUAUUUUUGAGAGAUGGCGCGCUCCAUAUUAUUAGAAAUGGGACGAGGUAUAGGGUUAAGGGGUUAGAUCAGGAGUCUGUAGGAAGCGCAGGGGAUAAUGAGAAACAAGGAGACGGAAAUGGUGAUGGUGAUAAGGGAUUUGAGAUUAUGGUGGAGUUGAAUGCACAGAUGGAUAGAGAGGUGCCGCGAUGGAAAACUAUUAAUGUGUCGGUUUUGAAUGCGGAAGAAUGUCUUGCACCACUUCGAGAAUUGCCAAAACCGGAUCUCAGUAUCUUCUCUGAGAAUACCUGGACAACAAUGCUGCAAUGGGCCAAUGAUUGUAUUGAAAAUCAUCCUAAAUGUAACCCCACGACUGAAGAAGCUCCAUGGUAUCCUACGCGAUUAAUCGACGUACAGUAUCUCAUCAGUCCUGACCCAGUAGCGCAAUUAACAGCUCUGAUGUUCAACAUGUCAACUGGUCAUUUCCCUGCAAAUUGCAGAUUGAUAGAAACCAAAGACACACCACCAGAAGACCCCUCCUAUCUCACACUCAGUCAUCGCUGGCCCGCCCAAGGAGGUAUCAGUGCGCGACUCGAAAAAUCCAACAUCGAACAAAUGAAAGAAUUCAUCCCCUCCGAUAUCCUACCCUCCAGAUUUCAAGAAGCGAUUCUAGUCGCCCGACGUCUCCACGUCCGUUAUAUCUGGAUCGACUCCCUCUGCAUCAUCCAAGAUUGCGCCGAAGACUGGAGUCAAGAAGCGCAAACAAUGGGUGACGUGUACGCACAUUCUCUCCUCAAUCUCUGCGGUACCGCCGCCAUCGAUACAUUGAUCCCCGUGCGAAAUCCAGAGCUGAUCCAUCCCUGUAUCGUGAAGUCGACUUGGGAUAAUGUCCCCAAUCACGAAUUCGUCAUUACCGAUUUCCAGUUCUGGAAAGAAAGAAUCUAUAGUUCUCCGUGCAAUAAGCGGGCUUGGAUAACGCAGGAAAGAUGGCUUAGUCCGAGAAUCUUGCAUUUUGCUUUCGAUCAGAUGGUUUGGGAAUGCAGAACGCUUGAAGCUUCGGAGACUUUUCCGUUGGGAUUGCCGAAACAGGUGAGGCUCAAUAAACACACGGGGUUUAAAUUUCCUGGGAACGCUCGAGUUUUUGGACGUCAGCAGGAUAAGAAAGAAGAAGGAGAUACACAUAUACAAGAUUGGUACCGCGUCCUCGAAACCUACGGACGCUCCGAAGUAACUUUUGAGAAAGACCGCCUCGUAGCCAUCGCAGGGGUAGCCCAAAAAUUCUCCCUCCUCCUCCAAGACACCUUCCUCGCCGGUAUCUGGCGAAGCCAUCUCCCGGGCACACUCCUCUGGAGCGUGCACAAAGGCCUCCGCUCCAACCAUCCCUUCCCGCUCCCCAACCUCGCAGCCCGCGAACUCGUCGGAACAAAUCCCACAUACCACAUUACUGAAUCUAGUCGGCUCGCCUCCUACGAAGCUCCCUCCUGGUCCUGGGCUUCCGUAUCCGGGGACAUCGAGCCUGGAUUUCCUAUCUCCCUCGCAAGUAAAUAUUCUAUGAUCGAGCUGCUCACCGCGCAAGUAAAUCCACUCGAUUCCGCUCUGCCCUUCGGAAGAAUCCACUCCGCGCAUUUGAUCUUGCGCGGAAUUCUUUAUCCCCUCUCCAUGGACCCCCCCGAUUGGCCUGCCAAUCUCCCGUCUUGGAAUCGCGAAGAGCCAACCAUUUAUAUUUCCGGCCAACCGAAAAAGAAUGUCGAAAUCCUCGAGGGGAUUUUCGUGGAGAAGUUUAGUCAUGUGGUACAUGUACGGGUCGAUCAACCAGAGGAGUAUGGCGAUAUUGCACGCGCGUGUUUUUUGCCGGUUGCGAAGGCGAAGUUUGAGAGAGAGGGACAUGAGAUGAAUGGGUUGAAGUUGGUGUAUGGAUUGUGUGUUUUGAGUACGGGGAAACGGGGAGAGUAUAGGAGAUUGGGAAGGGUGGACUUUAGUGGAGAGCAGUGCGAUUUGUUUGAGAAGGGACUUGAGAAUCUGAGAGGAAGAGAGGAUGGAGAGACUGAAUUCGAGAUGGGUGGAAAGGAUUUCUAUUUGCCUGAAGAGAUUGGCACCUUUAAGCUUAUAUAG